AUGAGAGCAUAUGAUCGAUACAGACCAGCAGGAGUAUAUGGAGUCAUCAGCUCGCCCAAUAGCAAUGCUCUAUUUGACGGAGAAGGCAAGCUCGCCAUCUGUCCGGCUCUGGAAGAUGUGAUCGUUUGGAAUGUGAAACAAGGAAUUCCAGUUGCUAGAUGGCAUGAUGAAGACAACCGAACGGAAGUCACUUGUAUAUCUAAAAGCCCAAAAACCCCGACAUUUGCUGUUGGAUACGCCGAUGGAUCAAUACGUAUCUGGAACAUUGAAACAAACUCGUCCUCUAUAACAUUCACGGGUCAUACCGCUGCCGUCACUGCUCUAUGUUUUGACAAGGAAGGGUCCAGACUUGCUUCUGGAUCCAGAGAUACAGAUCUCAUUGUAUGGGACGUCGUAGCAGAAUCAGGCUUGUAUCGUUUGCGAGGUCACAAAGAUCAAAUAACAUCCAUAGUAUUCUUGGAACAAGACGACCUAAAUCACGUUAUAACAGCAUCGAAAGACACUCUACUCAAGAUAUGGGACUUGACAGCCCGACACUGUGUCGAAACAAUAGUCGCUCAUCGAGGGGAAUUAUGGUCGAUAUGUGUCUCUCCUGAUCAACUUUACUUGUUCACUGGAGGUGUAGAUGAUGAAGUACGAGUAUGGGAUAUAGAUCCUGUAGCUCUUACCACCAAGCUGGUGGUUGCUGUUGAUGGUAUGGAUGUGGAUCGACCAAUGAAGAAGGCUCUCAACAUGAGAGGAUCUCUGCCACGUCAGAGCAAAGAACGUGUUGUAAAUAUACAUUUCCAUCCUUCAGGUCGCUUUCUUGGUAUUCAGGGCAAUGACAAGUUAAUCGAAAUAUUUAAAAUACGCUCAGACGAAGAAGUAAAGAGGAAGCAACUCCGUCGUGCGAAACGACAACGUGAAAAACAACAACGGUCCAAACUUCCGUCCGAUCCACCAUCAGUCGCUGAAGAAACUGACGACGAAGCAACAAACCAACUCAUACCCAUAUCCGAUAUAUGUACAUCUCUCGUAAACAUUCGAGCCUCUGCACGAAUACGGUCUUUUGAUUUCUCACCGAAAACUGCCAAACCUGAUUCCCCCUUCCAAGUGUUGGUGUCAUUGUCUAGUAACGCUGUAGAAAUAUAUGUUGCUAAUUUGCCAGACAAGACUGCUCCAACUCAACUAGUCACUGCUAUUGACUUGUCUGGACAUCGUUCCGAUGUUCGAUGUCUGGCGCUCAGCUCGGAUGAUCAAAUGAUUGCUUCUGCUUCUAGUGAUUGUAUCAAAAUAUGGAGUGUUGCAACAGGUCAAUGUCUGAAAUCGAUGGAUGCAGGAUAUGCACUCUGUGCUUCAUUCUUGCCUGGAAACAAACACAUCAUUAUUGGCACCAAGACUGGUGAAUUGGAAUUGUAUGAUCUAGGAUCAUCUGCCUUAUUGGAAACAGUCAAAGGUCAUACUGCAUCAGUCUGGUCUCUGCAAGUUCGAUAUGACAAGGGUGGUUUUGUGACUGGUUCCGCUGACAAGGAAGUCAAGUUUUGGGAUUUCUCACUUCGAGAUGAUCCAAAUGAUACAGGGGCGUCAAAACGCUUAACGCUUACACACACUCGGACACUCCGAAUGUCUGACGAUGUACUUUGCGUCCGAUACUCUCCAGACAGUCGAUAUCUCCUUGUCGCUCUUCUAGACAGUACAGUCAAGGUCUUUUAUGUCGAUACCCUCAAAUUCUACCUGUCCUUGUAUGGUCAUAAACUACCAGUCUUGUCAAUGGAUAUAUCGUCGGAUUCCAAGCUGGUUGCUACUGCUUCAGCCGACAAGACCAUUAAAUUGUGGGGUCUAGAUUUUGGAGAUUGCCACCGUAGCUUACUUGCUCAUCAAGAUUCAGUCAUGGGUGUUCGAUUUGCAUGGGGUACUCAUUAUCUGUUCUCUGUUGGAAAGGAUAGAAUUGUCAAGUAUUGGGAUGGUGACAAGUUUGAACAAAUCAUGAAAUUCGACGGCCACCAUUCGGAAGUCUGGGCACUGGCAGUUGGUAAAUGGGGCAACAUAGUCGUAACAGGAUCUCACGAUCGAUCCAUUCGAAUAUGGGAAAAGACCGAUUCACCUUUAUAUCUGGAAGAUGAACGAGAAAAGGACCUGGAAGAAAUGUAUGAUCGAGCUGCAGUCACCAGAUCUGAUGGACGUGAUGAUGCAGCUAUUGGAUCAGGAGUAGAAGAUUUGGAUGGAUUGGAACAUGUACCUUUACCUGAUGGUAGUGGGAAGAAUGAAGUAGGAUUGGCUACGAGAUCCACCACUACGUCUCUGAAAGCUGGAGAAAAGAUUUUGGAAGCUUUAGAGAUAUGGGAAGAGGAAACUGCUGGGUUGGAUGCUUACGAACUGGCUAAAGCUGCGAACCCAAAUGCAGCAAAGCCAUCUCAAAAUCCGUAUAUCGCCGUGCUGAAUGAUCCAACCAUGACACCAGAUCGCUACGUCCUACGAACUGUCCAGAUGAUUCGGGCAGCAGAGUUAGAAGAGGCUCUUCUAGUCUUGCCAUUUGCUCAGAUAACACUCUUGCUUCGGUGUAUGGCUGUAUGGAGUCAGAAGAGAUGGAAUCCAACAUUAUGUGCUCGAAUCCUAACAUCUAUACUCAAAACACACCACAAUCAACUAACGGCCACUGCUUCCAUACGAAAAACACUUAUGACAAUCAAAACCAACAUGAAUGCUGCACUACGAGAGCAGCGUGAUAUCAUUGGAUUUAAUUUGGCUGGGUUGAGAUAUCUGGAACGUGAAGAUAAGAAUUCACGAAUUGGUGGGAUUGAAUUGGAUCCAAGUUUGGAUGUUGUAAGUAGUAGUAGUGAAAAGAAGGGCAAGAAACGUCAUAGAUUGUCGAUUGCAUAA